AAUACCUCACUUCGGGCAAGAAUGUCGGCCAGACACUUUCCUACGUUUAUUGCGGCGUUUACGUCGGCGACGCCCGCGAAAAAACAAUGUCCGGCUACUACGAUCCGGAGGGCCUGGAACAGCUACCUCCGAGCACCUGCAAUCGCAUCGUUUGCUACGCGUGGAAGACGAUCACGUUUUUAAUUUCGCACAUCACCCUCAUAACGGUCGUGGUCGCGUACUGUCUUGGAGGUGCUAAGAUGUUCGAGUCCUUGGAGAAGGAACACGAGAUUCAGGUGAAGAACAACAUCAGCAUCAUCCGCCAGAACAUCACGAACCACAUUUGGAACUUGACCAAGUAUGACGUUGUUUACCUGGAAAAGGAGCUGUUCACGAAUAGGACGAAGGCGUACCUUCGGGAUUUCGAAGCGGCGAUCUUCACCGCGAUGACCAAGAACGGAUGGGACGGCAAUGAGAAACAGAACGAAACCCAGUGGACCUUCGAAGGUGCACUGUUUUACUCUAUUAUCGUGAUUACGACAAUUGGGUAUGGCCACAUCGCGCCCAAGACGGACUGGGGGAAAGUCGCGACGAUAUUCUACGCCAUUUUGGGCAUACCUCUUAUGCUUUUGUGCCUGUCGAACGUUGGCGAUAUCUUGGCGACCUCGUUUCGGUUUCUCUACUGGAAGAUUUGCUGUUACGUGUGCACCAAGAGGCCGCGACGAAGACGUAACCGUCGCCAUACGUCGAGGAGUAGAGACACCAGAUUCGGCCGGUCGCGGACUGCUUCCUUCAGAAGAUCCGUGCGAAACUCCACGCGUUCGGCUGACAGCGGUUUUGGCUUCUCGGAGACCGUUCCGUCUUCCUACUCGGACCCGGAUUUGAGUAGGUACCAUGAUGAACACCCUCGCUCACAUGCACGCGGGCUUAGCGUGCCCCCACGGAUUCGGUCACCGAGCAAGCAUCCCCAGGUGGCUGAGAGCAAACGGCCUUCCAAGUACCAACGUGCCAGUUCCCUGGACCGCAAGCGCGCCCCAAGGCAGCUGGAAGCCAGCCUAGAGCCCUUCAUCUUGGCAAACGCCCCAGUGCUCUGCAACAGAUACGUCAUCGACCUGGAGGAGCCCAAGAUUUCAGCGUCAUGCAGCAGAAGAAGCAGGAACCUCCAGAGGCAAACGCCUCCGAUUCAAGGCAGGCGUACCGCCUCCACCCCCAGGUCUCGCUAUUUAGAACCCCCGAUUACAAACCGCGAACCCUCCCCGGAAUCGCUCGACUCCAUUAAAUUCAGCAGCCGUCGUAGACGCCCUCCGUACAGCCCCAGCCCCAAGAUAAUGUCACCGCUCGGUUUCGGGACCCGUCAGCGCUACACCGACGAAAUGGAAUCCGACCAGGACUACCCGGACGACGACUACUACGACAUGGGCCUCAUACGCACGAAGCCGGUCCCGAUCUGGCUCUGCGUCCUCCUCGUGCUCAGCUACAUAAUCGCCGGCAUGUUCCUCUUUCACUACUGGGAGGGCUGGGAUCACCUGGACGCCGCCUAUUUCUGCUUCAUCACGCUGACGACGAUCGGUUUCGGCGACUUCGUGCCGUCGAGCAACAAGACCACGAACAACGAGGCCAAGGUCAGCAUCGCGUUCUGCUCGUUGUACCUGCUGUUCGGGAUCUCCCUGCUCGCGAUGAGCUUUAAUCUCGUGCAGGAGGAGGUGCUGGCGCACGUGCGGCGCAUUGCCAAAACGCUGGGGAUUAUUAAAAAGGAGACGCGCGAGGAGGAAGUGGAGUGAUUGUGUUGCCAAUGUUUUGUAAUAAAAUUCUCUGUUAUUGAUGCA